AUGUUUCAAGGACUCAUUCAGAGUGAUUACUUUUCUAACAAAACACCUGAAUCGGACGAAGAGAAUAGUAAUAACAACCACAGCAACAACAAUCACACAAAUACCACAACAUUAAAUUCCAAUAACAAUGAAAACAAACAUGUUCCAUCAUCAUCAUCGGGCCCGAUCACCACGACGUUAUCUCAACAACAAGGUGAAGCCUCGACUAUAAAUCCUUCUUUACAAAUUUCCAAUAGUAAUAAUAAUAGUAAUAACAACCCUCCUACUAGUCACUCACAAUACUCUCCACCCAGCAAUAUUUCAUUAUAUUUUCAAUAUAUUGCCAAUCUUGAUUUCAUUCAGGCUCAUACUCUUUUACGAAACUAUCAAGAAAUGAAUCAACCUCAGAAAUUAGGAUCUCUUCAUUCAUCAGUAGCAGGAUCAUCCUCUAAUUCCUAUUCAUCAAGUACUCUCUCUAAAUAUAAACAAAAUGAAGAGGAGGUCAUUCAAUCAUUAAAACGAUUUAUUCAAUGCGAAACUCUUUAUUACGAUGCAAAUUAUUCACCCAAUGAAAAACAAGAUUUACAUUCCUUGUAUUCAUUAUUGAGUAGUAAUUUAUCAUUAAUUGCAAUGAAUGCUCCCUAUGAAUAUGUUGCUAAUCUUAUAACCAAUAAUAAUAAUAGUAAUAAUAAUCAUGGAUCUGUAAAUAGUCCUUAUAUGGACAUGAUGCAUCAUUCAAAUUCCAUGGAUCCUAUUCAUUCCACUCAUGAUAAUUUAUUAAUGAUGAUGUCCAUGAUGGAUCAAACAUCAUCGAGUCAUUUGGCUGAUACAAUGAAUUCAACAACAACCAGUAGCACUAGUGUGGUAGAUUAUAUUGUUUACAAAACAGGAGGAUCAUCCUCUCUUUCUCCAACCACACAACCCUCUUCUCAUUAUUAUCAUCAAUUGACUCUCAUUGAUAAAGAAUUAAUUCUAAGCAAACAAAUUAUUAAGGAUUUUAGAAUGCUCAUCCAAUUAAGGUUAGAAAUUAUUGCCUUUUAUAGAAUAUUAUCAAGAUACAAGCAUCCACCUAAAUAUGAUAAUUACGUCAGAAUUAUCAAUAGUUUAAAAUCUAAAUAUAUCAAUAGAAUUGGACAUGUAUUCUUUGAAAAGAUUGUACAAAAUAUUAAUAUGGAAUUGAAUACGUUAACAUCUCUAUUUGAAUGUGAAUAUAAUAUUUGUAACUAUAAAUACAAAGAGAGUGUAUUUACCAUGUGGAAGACAAAACAUUUAUUUAAACAAUGGAAUGAAUUAUUUUACAAAUGGAAAAUAGAAAUGAAUGAAAUGCAGUAUUACUAUUGGACACAGACAUGCACAUCACGAGGAGGAGGAGGAGAUUUAUUAUCCACAACUGCAUCUUCAACAUCUCAAUCAUUACAACAAACAACUGCAAUUCCACACCUUGGAAAUGUACAUUCCAAUCAACAGCAACAACAACCACCACAACUACCACAACCACAAACACAACCAUUGAAUGGUCAUUACGUGUCAGACAAUCAUCAUCACACCACAGCACCUUCAGCAUCAAUCGAUGUAGCAUCUACAGCCUCUUCUUCUUCUACAACAACAGAUUCUACCAAUAUUCAUAUUUCGAAAAAUAAUCCCAUGAAGAAAUCAAAUAUGGAUUUCUCAUCUCACCCAAAUAAUUUAAACAAAACUAAUUUAUUUAAAUGGAUGACCAUGAUCUUUGGAUUUAGUCAAUCUAAAUUUACAUUGAUCUUUCAUGAUAUUAUCACUAAUCAAUCGAGUAUGAUUGUGAAUAAUUUAUUGAAUAGUGCAAAUGGAACUCUAUCUCCAACUGUAUUGAAUGAAAAUCAUUCGCCACUCAUUCCACCCUCACUUGCUGUGGAUUAUAUUCAAUGGAUUAAAUCAUUUAAUGAAAUUGUGAGACCAGAAUCAGUUUGUUUGAUUUAUAAUGCAUCACAUGAUCAUUUAGAUACAACACCAAUUUUAGAAAUAGAUCCUGAAAAGGGGUACACGAUGAGAAUUCGAAGUCAAGAGAAUACUGAAGAUUUAUCACUGAGUGGAAUUAAAUUAUACCCAUGUGUAUUUCAUUAUCCAAACACAAUCAAAGUUCAAGAAGGUUCAACAAGUAGUAAUGAGAAUGGUGCCACUUCUACCACAACAACCACAAACACAUCAGAUGCAACUCUCAACGUGAGUGAAAGAAAGAUUACAAAACAAACACUCAUGUACACUUAUUGGCCUAACAUUUUGUCACUCAUUAUGGAGAAUGGAUCUGAUCUUGAAGUUGCUGAAGAAGCAUUUUAUUUUACAGAUCCAAAAACAUUUACGACCUAUUAUUUAUGUAUGGUGACUCCAAAAUUAUAUUUGGCCAGUAUUGUCAUUAAGCCAACAUCAAAGGAUCAUCAAAUAGCACUUAAAUUUAUGGCACAAAUGAAUAAUUUUAUUAGAAAUAGAAAGGUUUUCAAUUACUUGACAUCCGUGAUACCUCAACAACCUCCAUCGCGCGACAAUGGCAAGGGUAGUACUGCUGCUGCUUCUUCACAAACGUCACCUCAUAGUGCCAUGAAAAUGAAGAGUCCAACAAAAUCAGCCAAGUUUUCUCUCUUUGGCGGAUCAAAGAAAAAGUAA